UCUUUUAUACAGGGUCAAGAAUCAGAGCUGCAUAGACCAGGAAGCAGUGAAUUCAGCCCCACCCACCCACCUCCUCUUCCCCAACAUCCAUUUCCUUCCUCUUUGUCUUCCUCCAACCCUCUCCCCUCUCCAUCCCCCAUUUCUUCUCCAUCCUCCCUCCCCUCUCCAAGCCCAAGACCCCAACAUGGCAGAACGGUACAACUUGUCAGCCCAACGUAUGUCAUAUACACAGACACAGAAUUAGAGCUUGCAAGGAGUGCCUUCUUUGACCAACAGCGUGCUGGAAAAGAGGGAGACUUUAGCCUGUCCAAAGAUCUUCGUUGCAGAUUAAUAAGAAAUACCAUCACGAGCAUGAUUGCAAUCAAAAGAGCAACAGAGGAUGAUUUUAAAUAUCCAUGCAACCGGGAGCUCAUAUUUAUGGCAAAGCGCCUCGUGGACUACUACCCAAUGCUUCGGGACCAAUCUGCCAAGAGUGGGGCUGAGUGGGAAUAUCUGAAGAAACAGCUCCUAAAAAGAGUCCAAAAUGUUUCAACUCCUAAAAAGCAGCAGGGAGCAACUCCUUUGCGAAAGAAGGCACGGAGACUUAGCUUUCAGUCCAGACAGGAGACGUCCACUGAUGAGACUGAUGACUCCACCACCUCUACUGUGAUCUUGGAGAGAUCACCACCACGCUGUAGCACUCCACAGAUUGAACAAUCGUAUGCAUCAGACACUUCGGACAGCCUGCAGUAUCAGGCAAGACAUUAUAAAACUCUGCAGGACAUGUAUAAAACCAAGGCCAGGCCAAACAAGAAGGAUGUUGCCCAGCUCCUAGACCUUGAAUUCCAGUCAAGACGCGCCUUCAUUGACUCCGAUGUGACUAAGGAGCAGGACAGGCCUGUCAAGAUCCUUGAGGCGUAUCCCUGCUUUGGAGAAUUGGACCAUCUAAUGGAUGAACUCCUGCGGAUCCUCGAUCAAGGGAACCCCCACUUCCUACCUGAACUAAAUACCCGGCGGGCGACCUUUUUUGAGAGGGCACAGUUUUAUGGCGUUUUCAAGAAGGUCAUGAGGCCUCCACUGUUGGACAAAGCACAACAGUCAAUCGCCCUGAUGAAGGCAUUGCCAGACUUAUUUCCAUCACCUGUGGCUCCACCCAAGAAGUUGGGACAUGCAAGUGAGGUUUUGCUUCACAUCCUUAAGACAGAGGUUCUCCUGGAUGCCAUCCACGACCAGGACAUGACUUCCUCAUAUAGGAAGGCUAUAGGUGUGCAAAUAGAGACCAGCCACUGCAAGCAGAGCUGCCAAAGACACAAAUCAAUCACUGGCCCCCAGCAAGUGCAGGCUGCAGCCCGCACUCUGCUGCUGCAUUUCUGUAUGCCCAGGGAUGGACCUCAGCUUUAG